AUGAACGGAGAUCUCAGUCUCUCCCAAUCGCUGGGAGGGCUCCGCAUUGCGAAUCCGGACGAUUCACCCCUCCAAUCUGAGGUCGCCAGUCCGGUUCCAACGGCUCAACCGGACGGUUCGGUAUCAACACCUCCACAAGUUCCCGCGCCGCUCGACGAGCGCCCGACGACCUUUCCUCCUGCGCCUCUCGACAAUCCCCCGUUCAACGAGAAUCGCUCCUCCGUCAUCUAUCCCGUCUCUGAUCCCUCCCAAUCAGCGUCGGCCUCCCAUCAACAUUACUCGACGCAGCAGUUUGGUACGCCCCCAAAUCCGAACCGCCCCCUUUCCUCUGUCUACACCAACGGCUCCGUCUCCUCUCUUCUCCCGCGUGAUAAUACCUAUCGCAUACGAACCGAUUCUGGUGCUUCGUCCACUUCCACAUCACAUUCGCGAGUAGACACCCGCGGCGGGUCGGCAGCUUUGCAAGCGGGGGUUCUGGCGCGCGACAACUCACACAGCGAUCGCUCCUACCGCACAGCUCAGAUUCCGGCCAAUGGGCCGGCGGUAAUGCGACAAUCGUCUCGAGCACAUGCCCGUGGUGGGAAUACAGCUCAGAUGUCGCGAACACCCUACGGUAUGGAGAACGGUCCCGCGCCCAGCAGUGAGGAUUGGCAGGACCGUGGAGCUGCGGUCGCGGUGCGACAGGAAGUCGAUGCCAACGGGAAGACGGUCGCUCGGUAUAUCAAGAAAGGUGUGCGGGAUUUCUCAUUUGGAAACACGCUCGGUGAGGGAUCCUAUAGUACGGUGGUUUUUGCGACGGAUCGACAGACUUUGAAGGAAUACGCCAUCAAGAUUCUGGACAAGCGACACAUCAUCAAGGAGAAGAAGGUUAAAUACGUCAACAUCGAGAAAGACACGUUGAACCGUCUGACCGACCACCCGGGUAUCGUCCGCCUCUACUAUACCUUCCAGGAUGAACGAUCACUUUACUUCGUACUGGACCUGUGCAAAGGAGGAGAGCUCCUUGGGGUCUUGAAGCGCAUGACCACCUUUGAUGAAGAGUGCACCAGGUUCUACGGCGCCCAGAUUCUCGACACGAUAGACUAUAUGCACAAACGUGGCGUGAUCCACCGCGACUUGAAGCCAGAGAAUGUGUUGCUGGACCACCAGAUGUAUGUGAAGAUUACCGACUUUGGAACCGCUAAGAUCCUCAAGACGCGGCGACCGGACGAAAGCCAGACCUCUAUCCCACCGAUCGACUCGACCGAGAUUCCUGAAGAGGAACGAGCAAGCUCCUUUGUUGGUACCGCGGAGUAUGUCAGCCCGGAAUUGCUGGUUGACAAGAACGCGUGCAAGGCUAGUGAUCUGUGGGCGUUUGGAUGCAUCAUCUACCAACUCCUGGCCGGUCGUCCGCCCUUCAAGGCGGGUAAUGAGUACCAGACUUUCCAAAAGAUUGUUGCACUGGACUACGAAUUCCCGAUCGGAUUCCCCGCGGUGGCUCGCGACCUCGUUGAGCGUCUUCUUGUCCUCGACCCCGCUCGUCGUCUACAGAUUGAGCAUAUCAAGAACCAUGAAUUCUUUGACGGUAUUUCAUGGGGCCCGGAGUUGUGGAAGCAAAAGGCGCCUCGAUUGAAGGCGUACGUACCUCCCGCGCGUGAGCCUAUCAAGCUCAAUGGUGGCGAAGGUGGUGAUAGUUUUCCUCCGGUCAUUUCGACUGCGCCAUCAAAUGCGACAAGCAACAAUUCGCGUGCGCUCCCCCGAGUAGUCACCGAGCUACCUCCUCCCAGUCAGCUGGAUAUCGAGUGGUCUCCUGUGCUUAGCAAGACGAACGAACGGAUCUUGAAACUUGGUAACAUGGUCGUCUUGUCUUCGCCCGCAUCGCACAGUCCGACAUCGAAGAAUGGCAGUGGCGAGAGUGAGGCACCCAAGAAGUUCUCGCGUUUCUUCUCGGGCACAGCAACAAAGAAGCGAUCGCGCUUGGUGAUGGUUACAUCCUCCGCGCGGAUUAUCUUGGCUGCAGCUGGCGGCGACGAAAAGAAAGCGAAGACAGAGAUUUCGCUGCUUGCGCCGGGGACACACUAUCGAAGCACGACGGAUGCCAAGGGUCACUCCUCGUGGAUUGUGGACACGAGAGAUAAACACUUCGUCUUUGAAGAUCCUAAGCCCUCCUCCAGCAAUAUCGGAGCCACUGCGGUAUCAGCGCAAGAGUGGUUGGAUGCACUGGACCGGGCCAAGGAGAUGGCCUCAAUGCAUCAAAGUGCUGGCCCUUACUCCGCCGAAGACGCUUUCCGCGAUAUUUCAUCUGGGUUCUCUAGUCAUGCCAACACACUCGAUCGGAGUACGGAGCUUCAGAAUGAGGCCAAUGUGCCUCCUCCGGGGCGAAAUCACUUGGUGAAGCACCAAGCCAACGACUCGGAAUCGGUGAAGGGGAAGAAGAGAUUCAGCCGACGCCAUUCGAAGAACGGCCUUGCUGCUGUGUUCUAA